AGAGGGCGGAGUGAGAGUGUGAGAGAGAAAGAGUGGGGAAGCUGGAGCUGCAGAGGGCUGGAGCUGCGGAAAGGACCGGACAUGGUCUGUAGCGGAUGCCGGGUACCUGCAACCUGAGUGCGGGCGGGAUGAGAGGCAGGAGUCGGGGGUCCUCCGGUUGACUGAACAGGAAGGUUUAUAUUAGCACGAGUCGUGGUUUGCGAGAAUAGUCUAGUGUCCGCUGUGCGCCCACACACACACACACACACACACACACACAUUCGUACACACACGUAGUCAUUCACACGUCUUAAGAACAGCGGGAGAUGCAUUACGUCAUAGCCCCCAGUCGCCCCAGAUGACCGCGCGCGCAGGACGGGAUGAUGCAGGGCUGCUGGACUAGAACGAGAACGGAUUCCGCUGCUGCUGCUGCUCGGGAGCGCCUGGUGGCGGUGUCUCGACCUGACGAGGAAGAAGGGGAGCCGCCGUCGCGCGGCCGCCGGCUCUGAUGGCUCCUCGCGCCCCGGGCGGGAAAGAGACACAGCAGUCGCCGCGGCGCGAGAGGGAAGGGGACAGCAGGAAUCUGGGAAGUGACGUGGUAUCCGCGCCCCGCGAGAAAGCACAACGGUGCGGUUGUCGUGUGUUUCGCAGGAGGGCAGGAGCGGCAAGGGGAACAUGGCCGCGCAGUCGGACGGCGGCAAAGCCGGGGUCGGGUACGGCAGCGGCGGUUUCGCCCAGCUGUACGAUGUUGAUGCCGAGGAGCCGCUGGACUCCGCCGCCAUCCACAUCUGUCAGUGCUGCCGCACCUCCGCUUGCUACUGGGGCUGCCGCUCAGCCUGCCUCGGCUCUCUGCUCGGCGGGGGCCAGCCUGCCGGAGGGGUCGGCAUCCGGGAGACUCACUGCCCGCCUCGGGAGCAGCUGUGGCUGGACUGCCUCUGGAUCAUCCUCGCCCUCUUCGUCUUCUUCUGGGACGUUGGGACGGACCUGUGCCUGGCGGUGGACUACUAUCGCAGGCAGGACUACCUCUGGUUCGGCCUCACUCUCUUCUUCGUACUGGUGCCGUCGGUGCUGGUCCAGAUUCUGAGUUUCCGCUGGUUCGUGCAGGACUCCACCGGCGGGGGGCUCGGGGAGGUGGAGGGGCUGACCAAGCGGGGCGCGGUGGCUCUGGGGUGCCUAUAUCCCGGCAGGGACCGCCUGCAGCUGGCCACCAUCUGGCUGUGGCAGGCCACCAUACACAUCCUCCAGCUGGGACAAGUGUGGAGGUACAUCAGGACGCUGUACCUGGGCAUCAUGUCGCGUCGGCAGAAGGAGCAUCAGCGGCGCUGGUACUGGGCCAUGAUGUUCGAGUACGCAGACGUCAACAUGCUGCGGCUGCUGGAGACUUUCCUGGAGUCUGCGCCUCAGCUGGUCCUGCAGCUCUGCAUCAUGAUCCGGGAGAACCGAGCCGAGACGCUGCAGUGCAUCUCCUCCCUGGGCUCCCUCUUGUCUCUCGCCUGGGUUCUGGCCUCCUACCACAAACUCCUGCGAGAUUCUCGUGACGACCAGCGCAGCAUGAGCUACCGCGGGGCGCUGCUGCACCUCUUCUGGCGCCUCUUCACCAUCUCGUCCCGCGUCCUCUCGCUUGCCCUCUUCGCCUCCCUCUUCCACAUCUACUUUGGCAUCUUUGUAGUUCUCCACUGGUGCGCCAUGGCCUUCUGGGUGGUGCACGGAGGCACCGACUUCUGUAUGUCCAAGUGGGAGGAGGUGCUCUUCAAUAUGGUGGUUGGCAUUGUCUACAUCUUCUGCUGGUUUAACGUGAAGGAGGGCCGGACGCGCUACAGAAUGGUGGCGUACUACAUUGUGGUGUUGGCCGAGAACACCAUCCUCACUGGGCUGUGGUACGCCUACAGGGACCCAGUGUUGACUGACUCCUACGCCGUCCCAGCGUUGUGCAGCGUCUACCUGACGUUCGCCGGCGGCGUCCUGGUCAUGCUGCUGUACUACGGCUUCCUGCACCCUGCCACCGCCCACCUCCAGCCAAGCCCCGCCUCGUCCUGCUGCGCCCAGCUGCUCUGGGGUCUCCCCCUCCCCCCGUCAGCGCCGCCCACCGCCCCACCCACCCCGGCCCACAUGACCAAGUCACAGACGGAAGAGGAUGUGGCCGAGACGUGUCUUCCCGUCUUCCAGGUGAGGCCGGCGCCCCCCACCUCCAAGCCCGAAGGCCCGCUUAUAAAGAUCGACAUGCCCAGGAAGCGUUACCCAGCAUGGGACGCUCACUACGUAGACAGGCGCCUGCGGAGGACUAUAAACAUCCUGCAGUACAUAACGCCGGCCGCUGUGGGCAUCCGCUACCGUGACGGACCCCUGCUGUAUGAACUGUUGCAGUAUGAGUCCUCACUCUGACACACACACAUAUCAAGAAAUACACAUCAGUACACAUAAGCACAUGCGCACCAUAAAAAUACAUGUAUGAAUACAUGGAUGUUCAAAUUAAGAUUUAGAAACACUCUCCACACGCACAACGUCGCACUUGAUGUAAGCACAUGGAUACAAAAGCAAUCUGUCACACUUUAAUGCGCAUACACACUCACAAACACACACACACACACAUUCCUUGCGGGCACCUACGACCUGUGAGUCCCAUGGCCAUGACUCAACAAGCUGCUUCAGCGCGAGUCCAUCUCUUUCUCUCUUUAUCCUUCUGUCUCUCUAUUUCCAGAUUCUCUGAUCACUCUUCAUCUGUUCUCAUCGAUUUAAUUUCACACGUCCGCGCUCCGCUGUGAAGAAAAUACAAAACAUUUAAAAAUGAGCGCUACACCGCAGUUUUUGACCACCGCAUGCCGUUUACGUUGCGUCGCUCACACUUUCGCGGGUUUCAGUAGAAUAAAAAGAUGUGACACAAAGAAAGAACAAACGUCACUUUUAAUAAAAGGAGUUUGUGAACAUGUUGUCGUUAGUCUAGUCAAAAGGUAGUGUAUAUAUUUUCUAUGUACAGAAGGGAUGUUUUUUAUGUACUGUUAUGUUGUUGUCGACUGGGGACAAAGUAGUUGGACACAACAGUUUUUGGGGUUGUUGACAAGGUUACCAGGGAGAGAAGCAUGAUGGGAAAGAUGGAGACAGAGAGGGUAUUGGCAUCUAAUGCACACUCAAAGAAAUUCAAAACUUCAAAGUUUGCACUACUGUCUCUUAAAGGAAUACUUUGGGAAAUACACUUAUUGAUUUUUUUGCCAGAGUUAGUUAAGAAGAUUGAUACCACUCUCGUGUCUGUACAUUAAAUAUGAAGCUAGAGCCAGGAGUCGAUUAGCUUAGCCUAGCAUAAAAACACAAAGCUGGGAGAAACAGCUAGCCUGGCUAUGUUCAAAAUUAAAGACACUCUCCUACCAGCACCUCUGAAGCUCAUAAAUUAACACGUUGUGACUCAUUUGUUUAAUCUGUACACGAAAAGAAAUGUAAAAAUUACGAGCUGUGGUUUUAUGGAGAGUUUUGUGCUCUAGCUAUUUCUUGGCAGGGCACAGUGACUUUCUGGAGUCUUGCCCAGCCAAAAAAUAGUUAGAGUAAAUAGCCACAAAUUUAGAGGUGCCUGCUGCUUCCAGUCUUUAUGCUAAUCUAGCCUAAUAGUCUCCUGGCUGCAGCUUCAUACUUAACGGCGAGAUAAAAGAAUGGUAUCGAUCUUCUUAUCUAACCCUCAACCAGAAAGCAAGCAUAUUUCCCAAAAUGUCAAACUAUUCCUUUAAGAAUGCUAACACUUAAGCAUACACUACGUUGACCAACAGUUAGCAACAUUAGCUCUAAAGGUGAAAACAUGAGAAGCUGUAGCAGCUCAAGAUAAGAUCCAAAAACUCUAAUAACUCUGAAUGGCUGACAAUGUGAAACUAUGUAGGCUACAACAAAACAAUUACUGUGCCAAAAUCACUGAGUAGUGGAAGAAUUUGUGGUUUCCCGCCUGAAAUAGUUUUAAAAACAAAACUAGCUACAUCGGCUAUACUGGGUUAGACAGCUGAGAUAUUGGCAAGACAUUGGCUGAGACAUAGUUUUAAAUAUUCCGAAUCUAGAGGCCAAAUAAGCCUACUAAAAAACAAAUGUUUUUAUUGCCAAGAGGCCUGUCUGUUGUAGUCACUUUCUCACUCAACAUCUUGUAUGCUAAGGUGUUAGCAUGGAGCUAGAGCUAAAUACCUACUGAGGACAAAUGGAUGACUAGUCAACAGUCAGUGUGCAAUGUGCCACUAGUCAAUGUGCUAAUCUCCCUAAAACCCUGUAAUACUUAUUCAUAAAAACUUACCAGACCAAUGUAGACAAAUCCAUAUGUUUCUGAAACCUGAAGUAUAAAAGCAGGCCAUUAAACAUUAAAAAUACUCUUAAAAGCAGACCGGCUUCAGUCAAACAGAAGAAUCCAAAACACAGUGGCACCAUCAUCUUACAUAUAAACAUCCAUGUUAGUUGAAGAAGUGUUAUUGCCUGCUGAUGUUUUCAGUAUUACUAAUGUAUGGUUAAAUCAUAUAUCACCAUUACAUCACAGCUCAUAGAAUACAGGAAGGAACAUAAGGCAGUACAUGCUUAUCACACUGUUUUGUGAGUGUGUAUGCCAUCUGGGGGUCUAACAGUUGUUCUCCAUCAUUUCCUGUUAUGCUUAGAGGGGUCGUGGGAGGUUAGAUCUUCUUUAGUUAUUUCGUCCACAGUUGCAAAUGCUUGGUUGCGUCGGUUUAACUUGCUAGACAAUGAAAAAAAUGUGAAAUCGUCUCCGCAUUUUCAAGCAAAUGCAAGACUAAUUAUAUUUGAUCUAUGUCUACCAGCACCUACCAGUGUGUGAUGUCUUAAUCAUGUUGGUCCCACGCUAACAGGGUGCUGCCACUGAAGCUGAUAUAAAACAGUUUUGGACUUAAAUCGUCACAACCCUCUCGAUGACUUGUCUUCUCCUGUAAAGCGUCCAAUAUCAACUCCUCCAAAGCCACCCACGGCUGAGCUGUGAUGUAUGGCUCAUUAUUUAUUUUUUGGUGUGUUUAUCCCUGUAAUCCAAGCUGUUACAUUGGCAGGCGACAACAAAUGAGCCGAGAUAUCAGUCAUCAGCCUGUCGACAGGAACGUUGCUCCUGAAAUCACACACUGUCAGGGGGGCCGCCCAAACACCGCGUGGUGGCGAGUAAAAACAAGGGUUUGGAAAGUGGUGAAAAUGUUUUUGCGGUCCAACGUGCCACACCUUUUCUCCAGUCCCAUGUCAGUGGUAGAGCAGGUGAAACCCAGCUAUGAGCCAUGUCAGAUGGUAGAAAAGAUGAACACAAACACACACAUGCUUCUUAUUAUUGCUGCUGUCCAAGAGGAUCAAGCAGGUGAAAGAGAAAGAUAUUGCAUUUGAGAGCGCACAAAGAGUGUUAAAAGGGAUACCUUAACAUUUUUUGGGGGGAACCUUAGCCUCUUAUUUUUCUUGUCCAGGUGUGUCAAAUUAUAGAAACGUGUCUAUUUAGUGAGGGCCAUUGGAACUAAGGUUGAGAGCAAGCUUGGAGCUGCAUUUUUUGUUAUCAUUGAGUAAACAUGACCACCAAAUAUAAUAAUUUUUUAGAAUUGAAACAUAACUUGAUUAGUUGAUUGACAGAAAGUUAAUUUACAACAAUUGUGAAGACUGAUUAAGUCAGUAAUCAAGCAAAAAUGCCCCUUUUCCAGCUAGUAUGACAAUUCACUGCUUUUCUCUGUUUUAUAUCAUUAUAAAUUGAAUACUUUUGGAUUUUGGACUGUGAUAGACCAGUGGUUCCCAAUCUUUUUGGCUUAAAAGAGUACUCCGCUAAUUUAGCAUUGCACUCCUAUAACAUUUUCUGACUCACAAUGGAGAGAAAAAAAUUAUCCACGCAUCCUUCUUCCGUGUCAAAACCUGACUUCUACAUUACCCACAAUGCAGCUCAACCAGCAACAGUUCGGUUGGUGAAUUUGCUAGUAGCGACUAAUGUAGCCUCAAGCUGCUAGCCUCAAGAGAUGAGAAGCGGGCUAGAGAGGUCUGGUAAGCUCCCUUCUUUCUAACUCCACACCCCCGAAUUUGUACUUGUAGUCUUCAGCUCUGAAUGACACUGUCUACAGUAGUAGUCCCCAAGAUCUGUAAACAGGCUUUGAUGUGUAAAAAAAGUUCCCCUUUAAAACAAAGCAAACUCAACUUAUGGCCCCUCAGCACUGGUUGCAUAUGUCCACUGAUUAGGACCAGUGCAACCAAAAGGGGAUUUUUUUGUCCUUGUUCUAUAUGAAUCAUUUUUAGAGGCCUGAAGAGAGAGAAAAAAGCAAACAUUAGAAUAUAGAGUCAUUUUUGUGUAGCUGUUUUCCUAUUCUGUUAAUCAUCUUACGACCCCUAAGAUUUAUCUUGCAACCCUCAGUGGGGGUCCCCACCCCCAGGUUGGGAACCACUGUUAUAGACUAAAUGAUCCAUCAGUUAAUCUAAAAAAUGAUCAGCAGAUGAAUUCAUCAUGAAAAUAAUAUCAUUAUUAUUUUUCAGCCCAAUGAGGCAGGUGAAAAAAGGAGACUGAGACCAAAAAUGUUGACGUAUCCCUUUAAGUUUGAACAAUGUGAACGAAGAGUGAGCUUACAUUACUUUUCCGUGGUGCUAGUCGAUUAAAAAAAAAAAAGACAAAUCAGUUAAUUUGCUGCAAACUGGCGAGUAGAUUCAGUAGGUGCGAACGCGCUACAGAAGCAGCAGCAUCGGUUCAUAUGGUGCAACACAAGCUACAGUCAAUUGGCUGCUAAUCCCACUUCAUAUGGUGCAAGUAUUAAACACACAUGUACUUAUGGUGCAAUAAGGGCAGAUUGUCUCUUUGAAUUCUAUGGUGCAACUUCAGUACUGCCUUCAGUUAUCGGCCAAGGCUGUGCCAAAGGCUCCGUCCAAAUGGACAACUGCUCUUCCUGUCCUGCAGAAGCUAUGCAAGUCUCCGACGCAGGGAGAUGUGCUUAGUGUACACGCUCACAACACACACACACACACACACACA